AUGACUAGUGUCUAUUCGGACUCCAUGACCAAGGUCGUUGCUGAACUUGGUCAUGUGGUAGUGGAUGUGCCCCUGCCUAACGCCCUCUCCCUACUCUCAACAGCACUCAGCUCAAUCCAGUCUCGUCGAGGAGAGGCUGAGACUAUCUUGUCUCGACUUGCAGAGCUCAAUCCUGAAGUGGGAAACCAGUUCCAACCAAAGGAGGAUCUCUUCGCGGAGCUGCAGAUGCGCGUGAUUUCGUCGCAACGACCAGCUUCUGGGGAAAUAUUAUCUUUCAUCGUAGUAAGCUAUUGCUGGCACUACCCCGAGUGGAAAAUGGCCGAGGCGGCACACCCAAUAGCUCCUGGAUGGGAGGUUUCAAUGCCCAUGAUCAAGGCAGUAAUGGGCCUGCGAAGCGACCCAGAUGAGGGCGUCUGGCUGGACAAACUUUGCAUCAACCAGAAGGAUACGAGGGAGAAGAAGGUGCAUAUUGGGGCUAUGGAUACCAUAUACCGCUCUGCACGGCGUGUGAUUAUUCUGCUGGAGGACGUCCAAUUUACCGAGGAGGAAGAGAGGGCAGGUCUUGUGUAUACGGGCUUCUACCACGACCUCACUCGUGAGGUCGUGGGAGUCGAAGAUAAGCGCACAUUCAUGAGGGGAUAUUUUCCCCGCCGGGAGAGGGAGCUCCAAUCUGAGGCUGGGGCAGAUAUCUCAGCAACUGCGAGACGAUUCUGCUCCAGGAUCCUCGGUGGCCGUUGGUUUUCUCGAGCCUGGUGUGCGCACGAGAGCCGCGUGGCACCGCAUUUAAAGAUAAACAACCCCCUUUUCCUAUGUUACGGCCAUGAUGGACGAGUUUUAUCGUUUGAGUUCCGCUGCGUCAACUAUGUUGCCAUGUACCUAAGUGAUUCGGAGCCACAGGUUCAAAGAACAGGGACGGAAAUCAGCGAUGCUUUGAACGAUCCAGAGCCGGAAUCCCUGCAGCAGCGUUGGUGGAGGAUUUUGCGUCUUGUCCCAGAGAGCCUUUCCGAUAUCUCUAUGAUGCAGCAUUUGGUCAGCAUUCUUUCAUUUCAAUGCUGUCAUAAGCAGGAUUUGAUUUCAAUUGCGCUAAACACCUCCGGCAUCCCCUUGUCCUUUACUGGGAACCUUUCAGCCGUGGAAGACAUCAUCUGGACGUUUUCCAUCCUUGUGCUGGCCUGCAACGACGUUACGCCAUUUUUCAUAGAUGGGGCCAAGCUGAGAAUCAGGAAUGCUUCCAAUGACGCAUCUCAAGUCUCAUGGGUUGUUCGUCCGUUGCAAGGUGUCGUUGACCAUAUCCCUGAAAGUACAACCACGCCAUUCCCGCAAUCAAUUACUGGAGCCACACAGGACUAUGUCGAGCUCGAUCUCCUUGUAUUCAAUGAGCCGCCAAGGGCAGCUACUAAUGAAUCUCUACAAGUGGCAUCUAAAAUUGUAGAAGAGUACCACCUACUAGACUUUAGCAAGGCGCUUCUGGCCGCGGCUGACGAAACCAUCCAAAACAGCGUCGGGCUGGUAAAGGGCGAAUUUGAGCGAGCUGGGGGCAUUGCUGGAGUACUGGAGAGGCUUGUCCCCCUUUGGAUUGCUAUUGCCCUUGACUGUGGUCUUGAAUGGACGCUUCGAUUCCCAGAACUUAUGCGCGAAGCUACUCAAGAGACAUGGCUUCAUGGCACGUUAGGGGAGGCCACGGAUCCCCGAUUGACAGAAGCAUCCAAGUCACUUCUCGCUCAUUUUCCCGCUUCUGAAGAUAUCUCGGACAAGGAGACGAUCGACAUUCAAGAAUUGGUCAAAUCCUUCACAUGCCUUUUGGACCCUCGACUUGUUCUUUUAACCGCAGGCCCACGACACUUAGCGACUGGACGAGGAGACUUUGGCAUCAUCCAGUCAUUAAGCAACAGAUCAUGGGUCGCUGUCCCUGUUGCAAUAGCGCAUCUGCCCGCUUGGGUGCCACGGGCUUGGGCUGUUGAGCCGUUUGACCCAUCAUCCGAGCCUGAAAAACCCAAUGACCACCUUGUGGACUUAGAGACGAAGGUGGAUGUUGAUGCAAAACCUGAAGACAUAUAUCCGAUCCUUACCUCGGACUCCAAGGACUUGAGAGAGCAGCCAAAUGAGCGAGGGACUUGGCGACUGCGGAAGCGGCACAUACUGUUUGGUAGUAGACCUUGGAACCAGCUCCCCGCGAUUGAUAAUUGCUCGGGUAUGCUGCUGAGAAAACAACGAGUCUAUGGUUCAGAAGAUUAUGACUGGAAGGCAAUUCAUUCCGCCAUUAGGAACUUUGAAUCUGCGCGUUCGCCCGGAGCUUGA